AUGCCCCCAGCCAGGCCACGGCUUUGCACGUCGUUUGAAAAGGGCACCGCGAUCCAGCCCUUUUACUCGGGAGGCUCGGUAGCGAUUACGACGGAUGGCGCGUGGAUCGCUGCGUCCUUCGGCUCAGAGGUCACGAUCGUCGACGCUGCAUCUUCUCAGCUCUUGAAACGCAUACCCGGCGACGGCGAAGAAUUGAAUAGCUUGGCUAUUUCGCCGAACAACGCACUCCUUAUUACCGCGUCUCGCUCGCUUGCUCUGCAUAUCUACGCACUUCCCCACUUGGAUCUUGUUCGCACAGUGAGCCGCACGCACGACUCGCCCAUCGCCGUCAUGGCGGCGGACCCUACGUCGAGCUUGAUAGCUACAGGAAGCGCUGAUGGUGCUGUUAAAGUGUGGGAUAUCAAAGGCGGCUACUGCACCCAUGUCUUUCACGGCCACGGAGGCGUAAUCAGUGCCUUGUGCUGGAAUGUGCGGACCACCACGCAUGGCCGCACGGUAGAGCUUGUGACGGGCUGUGUAGACGGAAAGAUGCGUGUGUGGGAUUUGCAGGCGCCGUCCAAAGGCGCUGCCAAGCCCGUUUCUGUGCUCACGGGCCAUGCCGGAGUCGUGCGUGGGAUUGCGGUCAGUACCGACGGCCAGACGCUGGUGAGCGGCGCGCGCGAUCAGACGCUGGUCUACUGGGACAGAAAGGGCGACCGGUGGCAGCGAAAAGAGAUUACGAUGGCGGGCGAGCGCAUCGAGUCGCUCGGAUUUCUCACCGAGCGCCUCUUUUACUCUGCUGGCUCGCUCGGUGCAUUGCGUCUUUGGGACGCGACCACGGCCCAAGUCGUAUCUUCCCAGCUUACAGAGGAAGUGCCGCAGGACGCUGACGAAGAUGACAUGCGUGGACUCACCGAUGCGCUGUAUGCGCCUGCACAGCAGCAGCUCGUCGCCGUCACGGCGACACAAGACCUUGCGUUUGUAGAGGUGAACACAAAUCCACCCUCGUUUUCCUUGCGCCGCCGCUUGGUCGGAUACAAUGACGAAAUUGUGGACAUGGCCUUGGUCCGCAGCAACGACACGCAGCAGCUCGCCGUGGCGUCCAACAAUGCACAGAUACGCCUAUUCAAGCUUGAUACCCAGGACCAGAAUGUCGAAUUACUCGACGGUCACCGCGAUAUGGUGCUCAGUGUGGACGCUAGCGGCGACCAGCAGUGGCUGGCGAGUGCGUCCAAAGACCGCACUGCGCGAAUCUGGACGCACGACGGCGAAUGGCGCUGUGUGGCCGUGUGUGAAGGCCAUGCGGAGAGUGUCGGUAGCGUUGUGAUGGCACAUACGCCAGCAGGACUACCGCCGUUCAUGGUCACUGCAUCGCAGGACCGCACGGUAAAGGUCUGGGACCUGUCGAGUGUCCUGGCGACCGACCAAGAGCCAAAAAAACUUUCCUCUUUGUACACGCUAAAAAUUCACGAAAAAGAUAUCAAUGCAGUGACCAUCGCGCCGAACAAUGCGCUGCUGCUCACCGGCUCGCAAGAUCGAACAGCACGUGUGUUCCAACUGGACUACCAACGCGCGACGCGCGCCAACAAGCAGCCAAAUGUGCGUUUGCAUCCGUUAGCCACCUGCCGCGGCCACAAACGCGGCGUUUGGUCUGUCCAUUUCUCGCCCACGGAGCAAGCGUUUGCUACGGGCUCGGGCGACCAAACGGUGCGGCUCUGGAGCUUGAAAGACUUUACCUGUAUUCGUGUGUUUGAAGGCCACAGUGCGAGUGUGCUGCGCGUCAAGUUCCUUCCUUUGGGCACACAGCUUGCGAGUGCGGCGAGCGACGGGCUUGUCAAGAUCUGGAACGUGCGUGAGGAAGAGGAAGCCACCACGAUCGACGCUUCGGACGACAAGAUUUGGUCGCUCGCCGUGCGCGCUGCACACGAAAACGCACCGCUGCAGCUCCUUUCCGGCGCCGCAGAUAGCACCAUUGUCUCCUGGGUCGAUACCACCGAAAAAGUACAAGCGGAGCGUGCUACGUCUGCGCAGGAGGCCGUGGAGCGCGAACAGGCAUUCUCCAAUCUGCUUGUGCUCAAAGACUACAAGAACGCGAUUGCGCUCGCCUUCCAGCUCAAUCAGCCGCGCCGCCUCUUUGCGCUAUUUACGCAGAUCGCAGCUUCGCGCCCCGAGCAGGAUGCGAUCGAGUCCAUCCAUCGAUUGCUCGCCAACGCGCUCGGCACCGCGCAGGACGGCGCGCCUGCGACGAGCAUUACUGGCCUCGCUGCUGUGGACCAAAUUGUAGCUGCGCUUCCACAGGCACAGGUGGUGCAGCUGCUGGGAUACGUGCGGGAUUGGAACACGUCUGCAAGGACUGCGCCGAUUGCGCAGCUCAUACUGCACGCGGUGGUGCGUCUGCACAGUGCAGAUACCUUGCUGAACGCAUUUGCACAGGCAAAGCGUCAAGAGGACGGCAAAACAGCGCCGGGUCUUGGCGCGCUGCUAGAAGCGAUGGUGCCCUACACGGAGCGCCACUAUGCACGCGCCGAUCGUAUGCUGGUAGAGAGUGCCAUGCUAGAGUACACUGUUCAAGCGAUGGAUGCACAUCUCGGCAUGGGCGGCGACUUGGAAGAAGAAGCCGACGUAGCUAUGGAGCUGUAG